AUGACUGAUGAUAAGAAAAGCGAGAUGUUCACACUUCCCAAUCUGGAGAACCAAGCCAAUAGAGAUUCGGUGACUAUGGUUGAAUCACGAGCGGUUGCUGUGGUUGCAGUAAUAGUAUAUGCCUGUGUGUGCAUGACUUUCGCUUGCAGGGGCAGACUACUCAGGAGUGGAGGGUUGACAAGUCAGGACAAGCAGACUAUAGUUGACCUACACAACCAGAUGAGGAGCCAAGUGGCCUCAGGAAGAAUCCAAGGCCAGCCUGCAGCCGCCAACAUGCUGGAGAUGGUGUGGGAUGAAGAACUCGCAAGGAAGGCGCAAGAGUGGGCAAAUCGAUGCCAGAAUGGACAUGACUCCUCCACAGCUCGAAGAGUCUCGAGGUUUGCUGUUGGCCAGAAUAUUGCCAGCACAUGGUCGUCACCUCACCCAAACCGACUGGGCUCUCAACCGGACUUUAACACACAAAUCGCAGCCUGGUUCAACGAAGUCUACCAAUACAGAGGAGGCUUCAGUCACGGAACGGGACAUUACAGUCAGAUGGUUUGGGGAGAAACUUAUCUGGUGGGAUGUGGUUAUUCCUAUUACCAAGAUGGAUCUAGAUACACAAAACUUUACAUUUGCAACUAUGGUCCUGCGGGUAACGUGCUUGGACAUUCUCCAUACAGGCAGGGUGCACCAGCCUGUGCUAGGUUUGGUACAUCGCCAUCUCGGAGGUUUCCUGGACUUUGUGAACCUAGAGGAGCUUACAGCCAGUCCUAUUAUUAUGGCUGAAAACGCAUCCACCACAAAAAGGAAUCUCACUCCAGAAAGUCUUUGUACACUGGGAAACGGAUUUUGCAACACAUUUGAAAGCCGUCCUUGCCUUCUGUUGGUAGAGAAGCUGAAGACACUUCAUAUAAAUGA